AUGAGUCCAAAGACUGAUAAGGAGUGUGAGCGGAUGCGUGAGAUACCCUAUGCUUCAGCUGUAGGUAUUCUCAUGUACGCUAUGCUAUGUACUAGGCCUGAUAUUGCAUAUGUUGUGAGUGUUACAAGCAAAUAUCAGUCUGACCCCGGGGAAAAAUACUGGUCAACUGUUAAGACGAUCCUUAGAAAGUCUACAUCUGGGUUCGUUUUCAUAUGCAAUGGAGGAGCAGUCAGUUGGACAAGUUCUAAACAGUCAAGUAUUGCCGAUUCCACUACUAAAGCUGAAUACAUUGCCGUUUCAGAAGCAGAAAAAGGAAGUUGUCUAGAUGCGCAAAGUCAUGACUAA